UAAACGAAAACUCGGGGAAUUACAAGGAUUUAAAUUACAUGAAUUAAGUCAGUGUGGAGUUGAAUUUUUAGAGUUCGGAGGAGUUUAGAUAGAUACCGAGGGAUAUUGAAGUGAUAGGGAGAGAUAUUUAAUUUCAGAUCAAUAUCGCGCUCCCUGGAGACCACCGAUUUUCGCCGCCAUCUUGAGGUCUGUUUCGUCUGGGGCUUAUAUAACAGAGACAUCAUGUGUCGUUGGGGAUGUGCUUUGCCAAAUACAACUUACAUGUGUAAGUGGUGUGGCACACGCUACUGUAAGGAAUGUCUGAAAGGAGACUUCACAGGGGAAAUGAAAGAAGCAAACAAAUGUCGAGUGUGUAACCAGACCCGAUGCCAAGGACAGAGAGUAGAAUAUGUUCCCAGACCAAAAAGUGAAGUAGAUGAUAAAAAACGCAGCAAGUCAGCCCCACCCACUAGAGGACGCACAGCAAAAAGCGCUAAAGGCGGCAAACCAAAGAGUGCCAAAUCCGGGAAAAAGUCAGGAAAAAAGAAAAAGAAAAAGUAGAUUAAAGUGUUCAGUAACUCUUGAUCAAUUGCCAGAGAUAUUCAAUCCAAAUUUGCAAUUUUUAGGUUUAACAGGACCAAUACUCUAACCACAACGGGUGAUCUUCGAUCACUGCAAUAAUUACAUGUACUUGGUACGGGUAAUUUUUUGCAAUCAGAGUACCAGAGUUUAUGGUCAUUAACUUGAUUGUGUAUAUACGUUUAGCAAUAUCAAUCCAUUUACAUUAUACAUUUAACUGAUAUAUGUAUAUUUUUUGUUACUAAUAAACUUCCGAUGAGGAA